CGUACGGCAGAGUGUAUAAGUUGAGAGCCAAACAUGCUUCUAGCUUCCGUGUGCAGUUGAGGUGUCAGUGAAGAUACGUUCAGCUCUUGCAAGCACACGGGGAAGUACUGUAUGCAUGACUGUUUGACGUCUCUGUUCCAUCAACGAAUAGAGAGAGACACGUGAUGGCAGUAGCGUCACAAAGAGGAGCCAGACCAUUGGCUAACGCCGUGCCUCUUGCACUCCUGGUGCUGGCAGUGGCGACGUCUGCAUGUGGUAAGCAGCAGCACCAACAACAGCGGCAGCAGCAGCAGAAAGAAGGCAGCUCCGAUGACUGGGACUUCUAUUCGCCCGUGUGGCCAGGUGUGGGCGGGCUCUCAGAUGUGGCGCGGUGGCACACACUCACGUUCGAUUUCGGAGGCAACCAGACGAAGGAGCAGGAGUACCGAAACUCAGGACGCUACGACCCGCCCUCCAUCCUUCUCAUAGACUCCGAGAUUGUCGGCGACCACGUCUACGUGACGACGCCGCUGUUCAAGACGGGAGCGCCGGCCUCGUUCAGCGUGGUGAGCGGCUCGCGGACGCUGGACCCGCCCCUGAGGCCGUUCCCCAGCUGGGAGGCGCACGCGACCAGCGCGCAGGCGCUCACCGACUGCUCCACGCAGAUGGUCUCCGUCUUCAGGUCGACCAGAGUUCCAUCUGACCACAAUACCGUGUACCUGAUAGACUCUGGGGUCGUGGACAUAGCGUCAACGUUCCAGAAACUGUGUCCUCCAAAAAUUGUGACGCUCGACGUGCCGUCUGCAACAAUCCUCAAUACGACAAAGAUCGACAAGGAGGCCUGCAAUUCCCUGUACAUCGCCAUCGAGGUGGAGGUGCUGAGGGGCGGAAGGCGAGUAGCCUACUCGGCCGACGUGACGGGUUUCGCCCUCGCGGUGACGGACCUGGACAGCGGGCGGACGCACCGCGUCUACAGCCAGUACUACUACCCCACUCCCGGCCUGGGCGUCACCACCAUCGGCGGCGUGCGCUCCUACCUCAUGGACGGCUUGUUCGCCUUGGCAGUCGCCGACGGCAACUUCUACUCCUGGGCGUUCGCCAGCAACACCCUCAACAAGGUUGCCACCCGCGUGCUGAGGAACGCCACAGACGAGCAGAUACUGGACCUCACCGUUGAGACGCUGGUGCCAGGGCAGAGGGCGGGCCCAGCGGGUGCGUUGGCCAUCGACGCCUCCGGGAGGCGGAUGUUCUUCGGCAUCGCGGAGCAGGAGGCACUCUACUGCUGGGACACCAGGAAGCCCUACAUGCAGGUCUUCUUCCGCCAGCUCGCCCAGAACACCGAGCGCCUCCAGUUCUUCAGCAGCGUCAAGGUGCUGCACUCCGACGACAAGUUGCUUGUCGUCACCGACCGCUACAACAAGUUCGGCCAGGGCAUUGUCGACCAGCAAUCGGUCAAUUACCGUGUGAUGUCCCUGAACAUCAGCCAUCUAAACUGCUAGGUAAACUACGCUGUCGACAACGGACCUCUUCUUCUGCCGCUUCUGAACAAUCGUCGCAGUAUUUCCAAUUAAAAUGAUGCCAGAAUAAACACAUUUUGUCAAUGUUUCAGUAUGUCUCUCAAAAAAGAAAUAUUAAUCAGAUGCUACGAGAGGUUAUAUAUGUAUAAUGAAUUCCACAUAAAAUGCGUAAUUGCAGUGCAGUAAUUUGACGGUCUAUAUUUCAAUACAAAGAUCUCGGCCUGGUUUGUUGACCUGUCAUGGAGUUCACGGGCUCCUAAACGCAAGAUGAGUAAAAUUGUUUUCUCGUCUGAGAACAAUCAAUUUUGCGCUGUCUGUUGUUAUAAAAGAGAGAGAGAGAGGGGGGGGGGGGGAGGAAUGGAACAUGGAAACAAUCAAGAACGAAAGGAAACCAUUAUUAUUUAUGAUCAAAACAGGACAUAGGUUUACUUUGCGUGUUCCUGUAUUGUGAAAUGUAUUCAAAAUAUCUAUCUGCUUCAUUAAAAAAGUAACAUCUAUA